UCUGAUUGGCUCAUCUCUGCUCACGCAGGAGACAGGCGUCUGUCAGGAUUUGUACAGAAUUUGAGUAAGAAAAUAAGCAAAGGUGCUUGGGGUUACGCCAUAUUGGCAACGCUUAACUGUAUGGCUCUAUAUAGAGGCGUGUUGGAGUGGAACUUACCGUUUGCAUGAUAGGUGGAGCUUGUAUUCACUUCAAUCACACCGUACAGGGUCCCGUGGUUAGUGGUAUUUUCGUGAUCCGAUAUUAAUCCUAACCACUGAGGCUAGCUAGCAUUAGCGGCUCCUACACGGAAGACAAACAUCCACUUGCAAUCGUUUUGACCAACAGUAGCUUCUGAAAUAUUAGCCUGUUGGAAUCUUUUAAGGUCGCGGCUGGAAACCCGUGCUGUUUACUGUUUGUGUAAUAAUGGUGGAUAUUUUUACAUGUCGUGCCAAUCCGUUUGGCCCACGAGUUCUACCUAGUGUUGUCGUUUGAUAAACUUGCUAGCCAACGUUAGCUAGUUUCCAGAACUAGCUUACUCUGCUUGAAGAAUAACGCAGCAAAGCUAACGCGAGCUUAGUUUCAGGUAGCUAGCGCGUUCAUUUUGUUUUUGUUUUAAUAUCGUGUUUGACAGCGGAAGUGACAAUUCGUGUAUACGCUCAAGUCAUUUUAUAUUGCAUUUAGACGUUGUAAUGGCGCACAGGUCAGGAACAGUAGAUAUGACUACUAAAGGCUUCGACGGCUCAGCAAAGCAAGGCUCGACUGUGGGCAUGCGAAGUCGACCAUGCUCUAGUGAGAGAGAAGCCCAGGUUCGUGCUGUGAAAGCUUCUCUUCAAGAGAGGUUGGGAUCCUACGAACGACUGGUGACCUACCUCCAGGCUGUACUGGUGUGGGAAAAACCGAUUCACAGUAUGCUGCUCUUCACUGUGGUCAAUGUGCUGUUCUGGUUCUUUGCUCUUUCCUCUCUGCGACUUCUGUUUCUGCUGUGUGUGGGCUUAGCUCUGACAGUCUGUGUUGACACAUGGAGGAAUAAGAUCUGGCCAGAAAUCAGAGUCAAAAGACUGGAUGACAGCGAAAGUGAAAGCUGGGGCGUGGUGCAGCCGGGCACCCUGAGCGUGCCGGAGCUGUGCCAGCACAUGGCCGAGCUGUGGGUGGCCUGUGUGUCCUGCUCCGCGGGCCUGGUCAACCUGAAGCGCCGCAACCCCGGCAAGUUCUGUAUGCUGACCUGUGGAAUAUUCACCCUCCUGGCCAUGGUGGGGCGCUAUAUUCCUGGACUGGUGCUCUCCUACUCAGCAGUGCUGUCGGUGCUGCUGUGUCCGCUGGCCGUGUACCACCGCCUGUGGCAGCGUGUGUGCGUGAGGUUGGAGCCGGCCCUGCAGUGGCUGGACUUCAGCGCCUCAGGCUACAUGAUGUCCAAGCCCUUCGACAACCAGUUCUUGCGCCGGCCCAUCCAUGGUGCAGCUUCAGACGAUGCCGACGACAGCGAGGAGGAGCUGGCGGCUUUCUGUCCCACGUUUGAUGAUGCUGUGGUUGCUAAGGAACUAGAUCUCACCGACUCCGAGCACUCAGAUGCUGAGGUCUCGUACACAGAGAAUGGCACGUUCAACCUCUCCAGGGGUCAAACUCCUCUCACAGAGGGCUCUGAAGACCUGGAUAGACACAGUGACCCGGAGGAGUCCUUCGCUUGCGACUUGCCGGACUUCCCCUCCAUUAACCCGGACGCCACCCUCAUGGAGGACGACGACAGCAUAGGGCUGCCCAGCCUGGGCUCAGCAGGCCUGUCUGGCCACCGGAGCAACACCCUGAUGGACCUGGACUCGGACCAGGAGGAGGAGGAGCUGGAGGGGGCGCAGCUUUGCCUCAGCGCGCUGCAGCAGGCCUCCUCCCACAUCUCAGGCCAGCUGGCUGGCACCCUCACCGCCAGCCUCCUGCAGGCCGCCCUGUCCAGCCAGAUCCAGGCCCACGCCCAGCCACAGCCCCGCCAGCCUCCGCCCAAGCGCAGCAGGGACCCCACCCAGGGGCCCCACCCCAGGAGCUACAGGCACCAGUCCAGUUCAGAACUGGACACAGACCUGGACGGGGAGGACUUUGAGAUGCUGGACCAGUCGGAGCUGAGCCAGAUGGAUCCACUGGGGCCAGACGGGGGCAGAGGGGGUUCGGGCAACAGUGCUGGAUUCCUGUCCAACCUGCUGGGGAAGCCUCAGUAAAGAAAGGGGCCGCCCAUCUCCGCUACCUAUCCUUAAAGUGUGUGUGUGUGUGUGUGUGUGUGUGUGUGUCUGUGUCUUAUGUGUUUGUAUGUGUAUGCAUGUGUUGAAAUGGCUGAUAACCAUUGUGUGUGUGUAAUUGCACAAGUGUAUGAAAUCAUGUUGAAGACUGGAAAGCUGUGUGUGAACUGCACUGUCAGUGUGUUUUGAUUCUUAGGUCCCAGCAGUCACGAGUCCUUCUAUGACUGCCUCUAGAGUUAUCACUGUGAAGUAUUUCUCAUCUCCUCAGUUUUCUUCCAUUUGAACAUUUUUUGCGAAACUUCCUGUUCUCUACAAGAGUCCCAUCCCUCCUAUAUGUUUAUGUAUAUGUUUUGUAGGCUAAGCAAUAGAACACAGGAAAUAAACUUGAGUUUUUUUAAAACUCUACAUAAGCAUAAAACAAAUGUUUAAAAAAUAAACAUCAGAAGAAUAAAAAUAUAAAAUCAGAAACAUUACUCAAACCAGCACAACUGACCAGCUCCCUUCGUCCCAGUAGAAGUGUUAAGCUGCAGGGACCUCUUGUUAGUGGGAACCAAACUGGCCUCUAAGCCCUCACUCUGACCAGGAGGGCACUAACGCAGGAGCAUCAGGGCUGUUGCCAGCACAGCAGGAGUAAAGAGCAACGUGGUGUCAAUGGAGAUGCAUCAUGGGAAUUCUGGUUCUGAAGUUGCUCCCUGUUGCAAGGCUGUUACCUAGCAGCCAAAGCAAUGCUGUAAUGAUAUCUGAUGGUGAAUCAUUUUCUUGUUUAUUUCACAGUCCGGAGUGACUCACCGAUGCGAUGAGGGUGCACAUGUAUCUGUUUGUGUGCUCGCUGUGGUUCAGUCUGAUCUGCUUAGGGUUGUGCCAGGCGUCUGAUUGCGAGGAAUAUAUGGAGUUUCACACACAAAGUGUGAAUCUUUCAUAUGAACGAAUUCUGUAGGCCAUCAUGCUUGGCAAUCAUUCAAAAAAAUGAAAACAGUCACUCUUUCAGGCGACUCAGAUGUCCUGCCACUGUGUGAUGGGUGUUGGCCUUUACUGCACUUUUGCAUGUGCUGCCUUCACUUGUCUGUGUCAGAGGCCAACUGCUGAAAGCACUGGUACCCUACGCGUGCACACACACACACACACAACAAACCUCUGACAGUAUGACGAAGGAUAUGUGUGUGUGUGUGUGUGUGUGUGUGUGUGUGUGUGUGUGUGUGUGCGCUUGUGUGACACCGAACUCCUCAGCAGUGAAAACACCAGAGUGUUCUUGCUGCAAUGUUUACCUCAGGCGUCGAUGACGACCUCAGAGCUUCACCAUAAGCUUUAGGGUCACUUCAAGGCUUGUGCUUGGCCUCCGUGCUGGCUUGCCUGCUGUUUUUCUGAAGGUCUUGCUAAAAGUCCUGGAAAUCCAACAGGCUGACCUGUUCAUAUCCCACAUCUGAGGACCCUCAAGUCUGACUGAGCAAGAUUGAUAUUCAUUUCCUUUUCUAAAGCAAGGCAAAACACUUGUCCUUGAGUAAUUAGUUCAAGUUUGUUUGUCUUUCCAUUUGGUUGUGUUUAUUUGCUUUCCCCCCUUUUGCUUCAUUCUCUUUUGUGCUGUUUCUGCUCCAUCUAUUCCAAAUCCCUGUUGAAGCUAGUUUACUCCAACUUCAUACACCCCCUCAAGUUACCUUCAGAUGUUUGUGACGGCAUGUGGUGUAUGUAGGUGAGUGUAAACACAGAGAUGAUGGGGGAGAGAGUCAAUGCUGUUUACACAUAUUUGCUGUGCUUGUUUGAUGGAGGUUGAUGGCUGCUCUCCUGCUGCAAAUUCAGUGCUGUUUCCUCAGAGUUGGAGGCCAGCAUCUGUUGCUGCCUUGAUUUCCCGCACCUGUAUUGUUUCCAUGGCAGCUGUGAACUGGCAUGAUGCAGUAUACAAAAGUGGGUUUUUUUUCUCUCUGCACUUACUUUCACCAGACAGGGUGAUUUUUAUUAUUGCUGUGCAUGAUCCCAGCAAGCUAACUUUUAUCCAUAUUGUCAUCACAGAACUUAGAUAUUUAAAGAAUGGACACAUUCAGCAGAAGUGAGUAACAUGGACAUAACCCACCCUCCUAAAACCCUGCACCCCCCACAUGGACUGGCCAUAUAUGCAGGACAAUAUGAUAGAUAAUGAGCUGAGAUGUGGCAUUGCUGAAAAUGUGCUGUAUAGUGCGAGUGAGUGUGAGUGUGAAUCCCCCUAGAUAAACUGUCCUCUAAAGUCUUUUCAUGAAGGAUAAAGUAACUGGUUGAUUUAAAAUGAGCCUCACACAACAGGCUACACAUAGGUGGAAGACAGCUCAGAGACGGGACAUAAGAAGGCUGGUUUAUACUUCAAAAGAUUUGUAUUUUUAUUUGUGCAGUGUUGUAAUUAUGAAGUAAUGUUUGUGAUUUAAAUUCAGUAUAAUAUAUAGUUUGUGGAGCUGAAGAGUAAGCUCAUCCCAGGAGAGCUUGUCAGAGCGAGUAGCUCAAACUGAAUUGUGGUCUGUCCUUUGAUGGAUAUACAUGUGCUGAUCCUGCCUGGAUGACCCACCUGUUGAGCCCUAGAUGGGAAUUUUAGUUAUUUGAUGAAAGACCAUUCUCUGACAUGAGUGUAUAGUUCUGUAAACGUGUAUAGUUAAAUACAUGUCUCUGUCUCUCUCUCUUUUGGUUUUUGAUAUGUUUUGAUGUGCAAGAAUAUUAAAGAAUUUCUGAUUAAAAAUA